GGAGUCUAGGGGCGUGGGACACAGACAAAGAACAGACACACACUAACACGAGGAGGGAGAAGAGGACUUUUCUGUACACAGUGGAUUUUACACUUGUGGAAUAUAAUUCAUAUUUGGAACUUUGCUGGAGGAGGUCUGUGUGUUAGUGUGUAGUAUAGUGUGCCUACGUUAGUGUGUUUUGUAUGAGUGACUGUGAGAGCAUGUGUGAGUGUGUUAUGUUGUGUGUGUAACAGCCCGGCCCCGGAUGGAAAGGGUUGUCGCUGGCUACUCCGAGGUCUUAGCUCCCAGCCAUGGGGGGCUGCCAGAGUCACCCCUCUGCUGCGGAUACACAAAUAGUACCCCAGCCCUCUGACGUCAACAAACUCUUAUGCCUGUCCAUACCAUAACACCCCCGCCACCAUGGGGCACUGUUCACAAUGUUGACAUCAGCAGACCGCUCGCCUACAUAACGCCAUGACGUCUGCCAUCUGCCCGGUGCAGUUGAAACCGGGAUUCAUCCAUGAAAGAGCAGAGCACACUUCUCCAGCAUGCCAGUGGCCAUCGAAGGGGAGAUAAUAACAAUGAGCUGGAGUUGGAGGAGCGUCCCUAUCUGCAGCAGCAGUAUGUCUCUGAGAGGAUCACACACACCGACAUGACCGCCCUCACCGCCCUGCCACCCGGACUGGACCAGGCUGAGUGGCUCGCCAGCAACACGGUAGCGUUCUUUAAGCAUAUUAACCUGUUCUCCAGUACCCUUUCUGAGUUAUGUACUCCUACCACCUGUCCUACAGCCUGCGGACCAAAUAACAUAGUGUAUACAUGGACAGACGAUCAGGGGAAGAAGUUGAGGUGUUCCGCUCCUCUCUACUUUGACUACACCAUGUCCUACAUCCAAGACCUACUGACAGAUGAAGACGUCUUCCCCACCAGAGCAGGGUCAGUGUUCCCAGCAGGCUUUGUUUUCUUGGUCAAGAAGGUGUUUCUGCUGUUGUUCCGUGUUCUGGCUCAUAUCUACUGGAGUCACUACAGAGAGGCCCUGGUUCUGGGACUACACCCCCACCUCAACACGUUGUUCAUACACCUCACACACUUCAGCCUUCAACACGACCUGCUGGAAGCAGAACACACACAACCUCUACAGGACCUGAUCAUUGCUCUGGGACAGUACAGCCUCACCUGACACACACACAAAUGUAACUUCACAGAUGUACACGCACGCACGCAUGUAUGUACACAUACACACACAGCUUCAAUGAAUUUAGAGAGACAGACUCAGCGACUCUGUUGUAUAAACUGUGAGAUAACCUUUUAAUGCAGUGGGCUAAAUCAGGGUCACUUGGUAGUCUUAAGAAAAUUUACUUUGAAACAAAAAUAUACAACUCACACAUGGGCUUAAAAAAAAGAAGACACCUGUACCAUGUCAGAUAUAGAGUUGAAAUGUAUUACAUUUUGCAUUUACAUCCCAAUAGACUUUAUAUACUGUACAUCACAGAAGACUGAAAUAUAACGAAACUGUUUGACAUAGAUUUUCUGCAUUUAAAAAAAAUCAUGUUUAUUAAUAAUAAAAAAAUAUGAAUAACAUUCUACCAACGAGGCCACUAGGUUGUUUGACUGCAGGAAAGGGUUAUGUAAGAAGAGGAUGUGUGUUGCUCUUUAUGCUUUUGCAUGUGAUAUGUAUAAUAGAUAAUAUAUGUUAUGAAGAUGAUGUUCUUGUAUGUUAUUAAACUGAGGUCAAAUGAA